AUGUCACGGCCUCCACCUCAGCCGAUUUUCGUACAUCGAGGUUUAGAGGGUGGCGCUACCUCGUGUGCAGUCGUCAGUACAUCGAAUUGUGCAGGCAUUCUGGUUGGCACUGGGAAAGGUCGUUGUGAAUUAUACGAUGCUGAUACGCACAUUCGUAUCAAGACUGUCUACGGUAAUUGCAUUUUAAUGUACUCAUAG